CUUUUCCUUGGAGUAUGGGUUGGCUUUACUUUACUCCUGAUUAGCCCUUUCUCGUUGUUUUAGAUCAUGAUUUUCAAGAUGGGUUGGCGCUGUUCAUAGACUGGAUGCAUCUGUUGAAACCAAAAGCAUGCGGGAGAGGAUGUCUGUCUUUCUGGGUCAUUUCUUGUUGGGUACACAUUUUCUGCAUCUGGGAGGUUUUUUGUCCUUAUGAUAUAUCCAUACUUAGGCACUCUUCUAUUACUACUAUUACUACUACUAUUUCUUUUGCUUAUAUUUCAAGACAAGCCCCGCAAGAUGAUUCCGCAGCAGCUCAGAGCUGGAGUUCACCUAAUGACCACUUACUCAAUGUACUCAGGUAUCACUACCUAGGAGUUGUAGCUCUGCUUCCAAUCAUAUUGCGCUGUGGUUGUACGGAGUAUAUGGAAUAUAUAUCAAAGUUCCGAUCAGCUUAUCAGUGGCCAAUCAUACAUUCAUCUCCAGAUCUCUUUCUUUCUCGAAACUUGCCUACGGCUUCUUUUUUCCUUUGCUUUUUUUGGGGGGAUUCCUUCGCUUUCGCUCCACCCUCCCCCCUUUCGUUUUUUUCAUUCGCUAUCAAUCGCUACUUAUUUUACUGCCGUCAUGCACUGCAGACAGAAUUGCUCGCUGCUUUGACCAUUGCCUCGGAGAAUUAAAAAAAAAAAAAGAAAAGAAAAAAGAAAACCUCCUGCGGCUAUCCAUCAUCGCACUGGAUUUGGUUUCCCGUGGAACACACCAUCUCUCUCAGCCCCGAGCAAAGUGCUCUGCUACUUUACUUACUGGUGUAUGGCUUACAUGACGGCUGACUCGUUCCUCGAUCUCUCACGAUAUACAGCCUCCCCCUCCUC